AUGUUUAGAAAAAGCCCUAUUUUAGGAACGGUGAAAACUGUGUUGGCCUACCGCAGAUUUUAUGCCUCUGACUCGAGUCAGUUUAUAAACAGGGUACAAUCACCAAUUCAAGCUGGACAAGCUCUUUAUGAGACAAGACCGCACUUGCUCAAAGCAGGUGAAGUGACACCAGGAAUUACAGCUUUAGAGUAUUUUGAGAGAAGAGUUAAUCUUGCCAACAGUUUGCCUCAAAGAAGCUGUGCUAUUAUAGUUGGAAACCAGAUCAAAUAUGCAUCAGGUCCAGUAUUUUACCCAUUUCAACAAAACAAUGAUCUAUAUUAUCUAUCUGGUUGGAAUGAACCAGAUUCAGUUAUGAUAUUAGAAAAACCUGAUGAUAAUAUUGAUAAUAUUGUCUUUCACAUGAUAGUAAGAGGCAAAGAUGCAUUUGCUGAAAAAUGGGAAGGUUUUAGAACAGGAACUACUGGGGCAAAAGAAAUAUUUAAUGCAGACGAGUCUGUUGAUCUAUCUCAAUUAUCGCCUUACAUUACAAAAGUCAUUAAAAGAAAUGAUAAUAUAUAUUAUAAUCAAUCUCAAAAUGAACAUGCUAAAAAUAGUUCAUCUAUUUUCAGUACUUUCUUCUCAUUACCAGAAGAAUCUAAACAUACUACAAAUAUCAACUCAAUUUUAAAAAUGCAUGGUACAGGCAAAAAGAUUAAAGAACUGAACAAGGUAAUUGCACCAAUGAGAAGGAUUAAGUCACCAGCUGAACUACGUGUUAUGAGACGAGCUGGUCAAAUUUCAGGAAGGGCAUUCAAUCAGGCAAUGGCAAAAAGAUUCCGUAAUGAAAGGACUCUUCAUUCUUAUUUAGAAUAUAAAUUUAUCUCUGGUGGUUGUGAUAAACCAGCUUAUAUUCCGGUUGUAGCCACAGGAUCUAAUGCUUUAUGUAUUCAUUAUACACGGAAUAAUGAUGUAAUGUAUGAUGAUGAAAUGGUUUUAGUAGAUGCAUCUGGUGCUUUGGGUGGUUAUUGUACUGACAUUUCACGUACCUGGCCAGUUAGCGGCAAAUUUUCCCAAGCCCAAAAAGAUGUAUAUGAAGCAGUCCUAAAUGUUCAAAGAAAAUGUAUUGAGUUAUGCAAAGCAUCCAACGGAGUGUCAUUACAUGACAUACAUGAAGAAAGUGUAGAUUAUAUGCUUGAAGAACUAAGAAAUGCCGGUCUAAACGGUAUUAACCGUGCUGAUGUAAACGCUCUAUACCCUCAUUAUAUCGGUCAUAAUUUAGGUCUUGAUGUCCAUGAUAUUCCAAGCAUCACUAGACAUGGAACAUUGAAACCUGGACAAGUUAUAACUAUAGAACCUGGUGUCUACAUUCCAGAUGAUUCAAAUUACCCUCCUCAUUAUAGAAAUAUUGGAAUUAGAAUCGAGGAUGAUAUUGCCAUUGGGACUGACACAUAUACUAAUUUAACGGUGGAAGCUGUAAAGGAAGUUGCUGAUCUAGAGAAUGUUAUGCAAAAUGGCGUCACUACUAUUGUUGAAGAAGAUGUUUUGGAGUCAUUGUAA